AUGCUCAAAAGAAUUGAAUGGUGGGCUGAAAACCGUAAAGUCCUACAAACCUAUCAAUUUGGUUUUAGAAGAGGACUCUGCUGUGCCGACAACAUAGCCACAUUGGUUACGGAUAUCCGUCAGGCCAACAAGGAUAGGAAACUCACAGGAGUGAUAUUUCUGGACCUCGUCGGAGCAUUUGACAAUGUUAUUCCCGAAGUUCUGGUAUAUUGCUGGAAAAAUACUGCCUCCCACCCAAAAUCACUUCUUUCAUCAAGGCCACUACCAAGAACCGUCACCUCAUUGGACUCUGUGAAAAUUCUUCUCUACGCAGAUGAUAUAGCUAUCUAUAGCGCCAACGAAAACCUUGACGCUAUAACGGACCAACUCAAUGUGGCUUUGAACAAUAUUUACCACUUCCUUGGACUUUUAGGACUCUCCAUCUCUCCAUCAAAGUCGUCCUUCUUAGUCUUCUCCAAUAUGAAGAAUAGAAAUCUACGAAUACUAAUCCGCAAGAGCCGACAGCUGCCGAAAAUCUUGGACGAAAACAUCCCACUCUCUUUUUCUGCAAGAUUCCUGGGAGUUUAUCUCGACUCCGAACUUAACUGGAAGUCGCAUAUCAACCAAUUAAGGAGCAAAGUCAUUCCUAGGAUUAACAUUAUCAAAGCCAUUUCGGGAAUUAGAUGGGGAGCCCACCCGGCUGUUCUUAUAAAUGUUUACAAAGGAUUCAUCAGACCACUAUUGGAUUGGGGUUGCCAAGUUUUUCACCCACUGGAUGCUUCUCUCUACCUCAAGGUCUGCAGACUCCAGUACGCCGCUCUUAGAACUGUCACUGGAAUGAUGUGCACUAUCCCUACAAACGCGCUCCUUGAUAUUAACGGCGAACAGCCUCUAAAAACGAGGCCUAUUCCUCUGGAAGCCUUAGCAGCCAUAAUAGAGAAGAAGAAGAAAAAGAAAACCUCUCAAACCACUGCCUAUUUUUUCAUGACGACUCUAAAACAAAACCUGGAAAAUACAUGGUUUUUUCCAUCUACUCCCCUAUGCUAA